CUGGGCAGAGGCUUGCAGGGACUGACCCCCCGCCCCAGUCCCACCCAGAGCUUCCAAAGCCCGAGCUGCCCGAGGGGCUACUCUGACGCUUCCUUCCUGGGGCAGAAGCUGAGGCGGGAGAGAGGAGGGGGCCCCCACGCCUGACCCCCCCAUCCGCCAAUCGCGACGAUGAAUUCUAAGCCUGCAUUCCCACCAUCCUUAGACAUGGAUUUGAAGAUUUCUCACAUAGAAUGUCUUUCCAAGGAAAUUUUGGUGAAGUUUCAGGGCAAAUAUGAUAUUGAAUGUGAAUUUGACUAUCACAUAUUGCAGAGUGAAAUACAGCACAUCCCCAAAGCCUGCAAUAAUGUUGGCGUUGGUGAAUUUUGUUUGGUGGAAGAAAAAGAAUCUGGAGAAUGGCAUAGAGGACAAGUCUUGGAAAAUAAAAACCAGUUCUACAAAGUAUUUCUUAUAGAUUGUGGGAAAGAAUUGAGAGUCAGUGCUACCCAUGUGGCUUCUGCCUGUGACAACUUAUUUGAACUCCCUCCAAGGAUAGCAGUUGGUGUUUUUGCCAACAUACUACCUCUUGGGGAGAAGUGGUCUCCCAAGGCUUUAAAUUAUUUCAUGUCAUUAGUAGGACUUCAAGUAAAGGGACACGUGCAGGCCAUUCUGCCUCAUCAAAUGGUUCUUCUGGAAGUGCCAAGAAUCAUCUCUGAGCUUCUUGAACUACAGUUGGGAAGGCUUGUGGACGGAGAUUCGUUUCGUCUUAUUGUAGAAAUGUUAAAAGAAUUUCCCCCAAAUCCCUCUUGUUCCCAAAUGCCAGAUGUGCUGCAGCAGCAAUGUAAAAGACUCGGUUCUUCAUUCAGCAACAACGAGAUUUCACCCAGUUAUCAACAUGUCCUAGAUAACUUGCAGCCGUCCCUGUCAAUUAACUGUAUGGAGAGUGUGAAAAUCGCUUCUGCCGUCAGUCCCAGUAGGUUUUAUUGUCACUUAACAAAACAGUUGCUGGAGCUGGAAAACUUGAUCACAGCGAUGUCUUUGCACUAUGAAGCAAUCAGCAGAGAGAGAAAUCCUUCAAGCGAUAAUUUUGGACUGCUAUGUGUCGCCAAAAGGAGAAAUAGACAGUGGUAUCGAGGGAUUCUCCAGCAGCUCCUGCCCCAUGACCAUGUGAAAAUUUGGUUCAUGGACUUUGGCAACAGUGAAGCCGUGCCCUCCAGCUAUGUGAAGAAACUUAAGCAAGAGUUCAGUUUAGUGCCAUUAUUUUCUUUUCCAUGUUCUCUGUCUCAUUUCAGUAAUCCAAAUAAAGACAUAAGGAAUUCUCAGCUUAAAUUGUUUAAACAGGCUUUGUUAGGGCAGAUGGUGUUUGCACAUAUCGAUCAGUUUGAUCCCGAGGAGCGCUUAUAUUACGUGACCUUCCACAGUCAAGAAUCUGUGAUCAGCCCCAAGAAUCUGCUACAGGUAGUCAGACGCCCUCUGACACACAGCCUGCUGAUGGAGGGAGAAACCGCUCAGCCUUUGGGAGACAAAAAAGCCUCUCUUGGAAACAGUCCUGAAGUGGAGAGCUUUGCCGGUGAUUCGACCCCGUUAAGCUCUACACCAGAAAAAGAUCCUUUAUCGAAGGUGGCCAUAUGCUGGAAGACAGUAGAAAUGAAAGUAAAUUUUGCCUAUGUGGCUUUUGUGGAGUAUGUUCUGAACCCAUCGAAUUUCUGGGUACGCACUAAUGAUCAUCAGAACAGAUUCCAAGACUUAAUGAAGAAGAUAGGAGAAUUAUAUGAUUCUUGUGAGAAGGAAGAAAUGAUUCUUAGAAAACCAGAGCCUGGAUUAUUUUGUUGUGCUCGGUAUAACAAGGACAUGCAUUUUUAUAGAGCUGUCAUCACUGAAGUUAAUGGUUAUAAGAUUAAUGUUUAUUUUUUGGAUUUUGGAAAUACUGAAUCUGUACCAUUUUAUGAUGUAAAAAUUUUGCUGCAAGAAUUUUGUGAAUUACCAGCGCUAGCGAUGUGCUGUUCCCUGGCUCAUGCGUGUCCUACAGAAGAUAUAUGGGUGAAGAAAGCAACGGAUUUUUUUAAAAAGACGGUAUUUGACAAAGCACUCCUGCUUAAAGUUGUAGCCAAGAAAAAUGACAAAUAUAUCGUUAAUGUACAGUGUGUCGAAGCCUCUGGGAAAGUUAAUGUUGUUGGUCUUAUGGUGCAAGCUGGUUAUGCAGAAUAUUGGGAAGUAAAACCAGAAUGUCUUCCAAAACUUGGAACAGACUUUUUAGGACCAAAUUUAAAACCUGAGCUCAACAUUGCAGUUGCACAAGCCAAGCAGCCUCUUUUAACCAUAGCUGGCCACAGUUCUGUGAGCAAGUCAGAAUUCUCAACUGCUGCCUUUGCAGGAUCGGAGACUCCUUUUCCCAGAAAUCUAGGGCACGUAUCCGGGACAAGUGAGCCUCUUCAUCCAUACAAAGAAUACGUGUUCAAGCCCGGAACCGUUAUCGAUGUUAAGUGUUCAUAUUUCUCUUGCCCUGGAGACUUUUCUUGCCAGCUGCAGAGUAAGUUACCAGAGCUUAUGCUGCUCAUGGAACAGAUGCAGAAAUAUUAUGGGACCCAUAAUGACCCUUAUCAGCCAGGGCAGAUCGCUUGUGUUGCCAGGUAUGCGAAAGAUGGAAGGUGGUACCGAGCAGCUGUUCUGACUCAAGUGUCCCCCAGGGAAGUGAAUGUCAUAUUUGUUGACUAUGGUAACCAGGAAAGAAUUUUAUUUAAAGAUCUUUGUGCUAUUAACCCGGACUUCCUUGUUUUAGAGGGUCAGGCAUUUAGAUGUAGUCUUAACAACUUAAUCGAACCCGUUAAUUCUGAAUCAUUCAGUUGGACAACCAAGUCUUGCAUAGACUUUGGAAACUUCAUUUCUUCAUAUGAUGGCCUAUUGACUUGUAUCAUCUAUGCUUUAGUUUUAAUACAGCCAAAUUGCUUAUGCAACAUAGUCGACCUGCGGACGCCUUUCAUCAGUGCCCGGGAAUUUCUGGUCAAUUGUGGUUGUGCACAGCAUAGUGCAUUUUUAAAGUCCUUGCCAGCAUCAGUGAGCCUUUACAGUUUCUGCUAUUCUUCUUUUAACUUAAAAAUCGGAAGUGAAGAAGAAGUUUAUAUAUCCCAUAUCCGAAGCCCCAAAAAAUUUUAUUGUCAACUGAGGAGAAAUAAUCGAAGUCUGGAGGUUAUAGCGGCAAAGAUCGAAGAGAUCAAUAACUUCUCAAAUUAUCCAAAAUUUGAUGGCAAAACAAGAUUAUGCUUGUCUAGAUACUUUGAAGAUGGUCUCUAUUACAGAGCAAUAGCAUCUCCUGUGGAUUUAUCAUCCUAUUUAUUGGUAUAUUUUGUGGACUUUGGAAAUAAACAAAUAGUAGAAGGAAAUAAAUUGAUCCCUAUUUUAGAUCAUUCUUCAGAGUUGCUUUUUACACCUAUGCAGGCAAUAAAGUGCUAUCUCUCAGAUCUUCGAGAAGUAGAUAUUCCAACAGAAACCAAUAUCUGGUUUGAAGAAAACUUUUUAGGAAAAUCACUGAAAGCAGUGGUAGUGUCGAGGGAUUCAGAUGCCCAACUUGGCUUAGAACUAUAUGAUGGAAAUCAGCAGAUAAAUCAGAAAAUUAAAACCUUGCUUCAAGUGUCUGGGAAAAAAUAUGACCAAGGAAGAUAUAUGGAAAAGUUUCAUAAGAAAUACGAAAAUAAAAUGCUGAGUAAAGGAUCAUCAAAAGACAAAGUAUAUCACUGUCAUUCUACCAUAAUGAAAACUAAUCAUCCCAAGUUUCUUGAAAACAAAGUGGAUCACAUUGUGAAUUCUAAAGACGUACACAUUAAACUUUUAAGAUCGCCAGACUCUUCUCUGAUUGAGCCUGUUUUAAAAAGCAAGGUGAACCAGCCUUUAAAGAUGAGACUAAAAAAUACAAGUGAAAAAACUAUUCCUGAAUCUGCUUCCCAGUUUGACUUAAUUAAUGAAGGAAAACCAGGAUGUGCUGCGUCAGAAACUUGUAUAGCUAGACCGUGUAUAGCUAUAGCAAAAGCAGAGAGUGUGGCUAGACCACAAAUCUCUGACCUUCCUCCUCCUCCUGUUCAUCUGAAUGCCAGAGUUAAUGGCUACAUAUCAAAUAUAUGGAGUCCAGCAAGUUUCCACAUUCAGCUUGCGGAGAGUGAAGACUUAAUCUUUACACUUGCAAAAGAACUAAAUGAAGGGAUGGCAGAUCUAGAUAGAGAGAGUGAAUUGACUGCACUUACAGUGGGGGAUCUCGUGGUCGCAAAGUAUGCUGUUGAUAAUGCCUUAUAUCGAGCAGUAAUUAAGAAAAUUGUAUCAAGGAAUUCUUUUGAAGUGGAAUUUAUUGACUAUGGUAACACAGAAAUUGUCACUUUGUCCCAAAUCCAUGAGCUUGAUAGGAAAUUUUUGACUGUUCCUCAGCUUGGCCUUCAUGCUUUUCUUAGUGGAGUAAGAUAUAAUGAGCCCGAUGAAUUAUGGGACAGCAAAACAGUAGGUUACUUUGCUGAAAAAGUAAAAAACAAAUUAAUUUCUUGUGAAUUUCUGAAGAAGCAUGAGCAAAAGUGGGAAGUAAAUAUUAUCUGUGAUGAAAAAUGUGUUGUUAACGAGAUGAUGAAGUGGAUAGCGUGUUCAAAGAAGCGAGAGAAAGUAUCAAAAGUACCUGAAACUGUCUCUAAAAAAGUGACUCUUGGUAUUGAUAAUAAAGAAAAGAAAGGGUCAAAUGAAAAUAAACGAUCUAGAGCAUCCUGCCACCAACCAACUAAAAUCCCCAAGUCUGAGUUAAAGCCUGGACAGCUUGAGAAGGCUGAAAUACUUCAUAUUUCAAAAUGUGGAAACUUCUCGGUGAAACUAAGUAAAAAUGCACAGGUAUCCUCCAGCUUGCUUUCCUUGAUACUUAAAGAAGCCAAGGAAAACCCUUUCUUGCCUGUAGAAAAUAUAGAAGAAGGCUUAGAGUGCCUGACAAAAUCUAGAUUCACGGCCACGUGGUGCCGUGCCAAGGUGGAGAAGUGUUUGGGAGAAGAGAAGAUGCUCGUUUAUUUGCUGGACUGUGGCCGCUACGAAGUGGUGCCCUUGUUGGGGACGAAGGAGCUCAGCCACGAGAUUCGAAGCAUUCCCCAACAAGCAGUGCCUUGCAAGUGGAUUUGGAUCGAAAAUGCCAGAAAGAUGUCAUUUGAGUCCACGGCACACCUGUUCUCCCACCUGGAGACCAAAAUCCUCUUCCUCCGCUAUCUGGAUGCUGCUUGGGAAGUCGAGAUCUUGGUGGACGGCCUGUUGCUGUUGGAAUACCUGAACUUUAGAGUCAGUCAGAGUGAGGAAAGAAAGCAGAAUCGUUCAGAAAUCGUUCUCAGCGUGGAGUCGAAGAGCCCCGUGCUAUCCUUCAGAGUGAACUCUGUUAAGUGGGCUCUUCUCCAGACUGACCGACAGUACAGAGGCUUUGCCACGGCUGUUUCUGACCCCUCGGACUUCUGUAUGCAGCUGGAGGACUUCUUUGAUACCAUGUCUUCACUGUGUAGACUGCUUUUGGCGCUGCCUGAUCGCCUACCUACCUUGCCUCCUCAGCUGGUCAUUCCAGGGUCCAGCUGUUUGUUCAGAUGUGGGUGGGAAGACCAGUGGAAGAGGGCAGAAGUUUCUGAAGUCUCCACUCAGUCAGUGCGGCUUCUGUUGAUGGACUAUGGCUUUUCCGUAAGCAUUCCCCGCUCAGAGUCUGCUAACCUCCGAAUCCUUCCCGAUGAGCUUUUGUGUUUGCCGCGGCUGACUUACCACUGUGCCUUACAUGGCAUCCUCCCUGCUAAUGGGGACCACUGGGAGGAGGCUGCAAAAGCUUUUUUUAAAGACUUACUGUCCAAGCCGGGCUUGUUCUUUCAGCCUCGGAAGUAUAGCCCUGGCAUGAAACUAGAAGUUGAGGUCAUACAUGGGAAAAAUAGCCUAGCAGACUUGCUAGUGGUAGCCGGACAUGCCGUCUUCUCUAAAGAGGUGGCUCAUUUGGUGGCGGUGAAUAGCAUCCAGUCUACUAAAAUUGAGUAUAAAUUGCAGGGAAGACACUUUUAUCCAUUAUUAGAUAAGAAGGUUUUUCCAAAUGAAAACGUACUUUUGACAUGCACAGGGAAAGAGGGCCCACAACAGUGGAAAUUUGUUCCUUGGAAAGAUGUCUACAAAAAUAUUUUUGGGAAGGCUACACCUAGUACUUGUUUUCAUUCUAGAAACUUGACCCUGAGGAAGAAAAUCGGUAAUGGAAAACACAAAUCUAAAAGUACUAUAAAGUUCGAGACAUGUGAAAGAAACACAUUUUGGGAACAACAUGAUCACUGGAGGAACGAAUCUAGUUGCAUUGAAGAUAUUCCUGAAAACCUACCAGAAGAAGGAGCAUGGAAAACAUAUAACCUUUGUACCAGAAUAAAAACGUUGAACAUCAAUGAAGAAAUGGUAUUAGAAGAAAAAUCAAACAAGGAGGGAGGCAAGAACUCAGAUCAUUUCAGCAUCAGUUUGCCAGCAACUGUUCAAAAGGAAACCAAUUCGGGGAUCAGUUUGCCAGCUACUGUUCAAAAGGAACUUAAUCCUGGGAGUCCCGAGGGAUGCGCCCACCGCUCCACAGUGUGUGGCGACGCUAUUGAAGAUUCCAACGAUUUUCUUCAGUUAGGGGAUGUACAGCUGAAGAGGAACCUCAUUUCAUGAGCAUGUUUUGUUUUCCCAUGCAUCUGGGAGGUGCGUGCGUGUGUGUAUGUGUGUGUUUUGUGUUUACUACAAAAUGUGGCUUAAAUUAUUUUGGUUAAACUCUUAAAUUAACGUUGAAAUGAAAAGAUUGCUAUUUUCAUGAAGUAUUCACAUCCUUGGCUUUUUUUUUUAACCUAAGCUUGAUCACAGUCCCAGUUUCUGUCGCCCUUUUAAUUUGUCUUGCAUCUUUCACGGGGAGAUAUUUUAUGAUAUUUGCCGGUGAGAGAAAAUAGACACAAUUUGAAAAGGGUAUCUAUAUUGUUAAGUCCUUUUCAUUAGUAUUAGAGAAUUGACUUUUUUCUCGUUUUAGACCAAAAUUUAAAGUAGUUUGAGGCUUCUGUAAACCUAAUGAUAGAUUGAAAAAAUUUUUUCUUCUGUAAGUCCAUGUCAGCUUUAAAUCUAGCAAGUUUUGUUGCAGUAACAAUUGCUGGAAGACAGUUAUAGGUUCAGAUUUAAGUGGGGUACAAGGAGAGCAGCUUCAAAGAAGCAGAAAGCACAUAACAGCCAUGAGGUUUGCUUCGUUUUUUUCAUUGGAUUUGCCUUAUUAAAAUUGGAUAAUUAUUUAUUUUUAACAGUUUUUGGCUGCUUUGCAUGGUUCUGAUACAUCAAGGAAAAAAAAUCCCCAAAGAGUAUUCUUAAGAAGUCACUUGACUUUUAAAAAAUACUUUUUUUUGGUAUUGGGACUUUAGGGCAUCUGGGUGACACUUGGAUAGAGUACCUGGCUUUGAGUCAGGAGAUUACCUAAAUUCUAGCCUUGGACACCCACUAGCUGUGUGACCCUGGCAAGUCAUUUUACUCUGCCUCAGUCCCUCACCUGUAAAAUGAGCCAGUGAAGGAAAUGACUAAGCACUUCAGUAUCUUUGCCAAGCAAACCUCCAGUGGUGUAGUAACAGCACAAAAUUGGGACUUGGCUCUGACGUCUUGGGAGCCCCUUCUGAUUUUCCCUUAGUCUGCUAGCAGGAAGCCCCCUGAGAAUGGCAGUGUGGUGGUUUUGCGCAAAAUAUUUACAGAUGAAAAAAAUCUCUCCAGUGUAUGUUGUAUGUGGAGCUGAUCUCACCCACCCCUUGCUUUUGAACAGCAACUGCACCACCUGUCAGCUAAAUCCAGCCCGAUUUCUCCACUAUUCUAGACCUGGGUUCUCCUCCUCCUUGCCACAGAUUAUUUCCUAGUUUGAAUUUGCCUUAAUGUGUUCAGAUAUUUUGGUAUGUAGUGAAGUUUUAAAAAUAGAAAAAGUCUUCUCCUUUUGUAAGUUACGUGACCAGUUUUGCUCUCUCUCUCUUUGGAAAUGUCUCUAAUAAAUUUUCAAGGUAUUUUUUUUUCUGUAAUCAGGUUUCAUGUAAUUUGCAUGAGGUAUGAAAGUUAGCUGCAGAAAGCAAGCCAGAAUUUUGGCAGUACAAAUUUGGUAAGUUAAGAUAGCUUGGCAAACAUUCGUUUUGUUCAUUGGACACAGACCGAUUUAAAGAUACUGUUUUACAAUUCUAACAGCGAGAGAAAAGCUGUGUUUGGCCCAGAGAUUUUGUCAGUCCUGGAUCUUGAUUUCUCUUGCUGCAGGGUUUUCUCCCCAUUUUUGAGGUAGAUUCAGCAAUCGAAGAACUUGAUAAUUUCUAAGUUUAUAUGUGAGAGGUUUGAAAAUGUGAAGUUCCAUUUGCAACAUCGCCAGGAUUAUUGGCACUUGGUUUUGAAGGCUCAGUAUUGUUCAAUAUGGUAAUGCAUAUCAUGUGUUUUUGUUUAACAACUUCAGUGACGCUGAAAUUCUUUGGUGAAAAACGGUAAAUUCACUGAAAAAAAAUCAUUGUAACUUUUGGGUUUCUUACUGUAGCAUCUAAAAGGUAUCUAUAU